CGAACCGAAAGUAUCGUAGGAAAGAACACAGUUUUGAUAAAACGUAGAUUUUUGAUUUCUCCUCUUUGGCACUGGAACGGUUGGGCCACUGUCACAUUUCGAGGCUGACCAACAAACGCGUAGGAGGGAGAAAAACCAAAAGGACUGAAUAGCUAGCUAGUUGCUAGUUAGCAAGCUAACGACCGUUAGCUUUGGCCAGUGCUGCCACUGCUCUGCUAAAGCGUUAGGUAGGAGUGUGCAGUACCAGUAGGCAGGCGAGCUGCGUUGGCAUUUUAGUGUAGUUGGCUGGGGAAAUUAUUGCUAAGGCUGCAUGAACAUUUUUAUUUUAUUUGAUCAUUGCGGUGUUAGCUUCCUAAAUGUUUUGUCUGAAUGCGUCCAGUCAGUUGCUUGGUUAGCCAGACAGCAAUGCUAAGUGACGACGUCGACUCAGUGAGGCUGUCGUGUCGGGGGUGAGGAGUUUGAGGAAGGAAGAGGUGACUUACGAUGUUGGGUUAAUGAGCUAGUGGUGCGUUAGCUGACAGUGAAGGAAAUAACGUUAACAUUUUACAAUACAUUAUCAACGACCGUCAUUUCGUUAACCAGCUAACUAAAAGCUAAUGCAAAUUAGAGAGGCUAGGUAAUACAGAAAAUACUGUUGUUUUCGGCUUGCUCGCAAGCUAAAUGCAGAGGGAGGGUGAUCAUUGAGUGGCUACUCUCCCAGCUCCAUAAAUAACUGUCACUGACUGAGUGAUAUCCAGCCUAUUUCACAUAACUAAAGAUGGCUACAGCGAGCAGCAUUGCCGCAUCUAUUGCGAGCAAGACGAAGACGAAGAAGAAACACUUCGUGGCUCAGAAAGUGAAGCUUUUCCGAGCCAGUGACCCUCUGCUCAGCGUCCUUAUGUGGGGAGUCAACCAUUCGAUCAAUGAGUUGAGCCAUGUUCAGAUCCCUAUCAUGCUGAUGCCUGAUGACUUCAAGGCCUACUCUAAGAUCAAGGUGGACAAUCACCUCUUCAACAAGGAAAACAUGCCGAGCCAUUUCAAGUUUAAGGAGUACUGUCCUCUGGUGUUCCGCAACCUUAGAGAGCGUUUUGGCAUCGACGACCAGGAUUUCCAGAACUCCCUGACCCGUGCGGCUCCGUUAAACAGUGAUUCCCAGGGUCGGAGUGGGGCUCGCUUCCACACCUCCUACGACAAACGCUACGUCAUCAAAACCAUCACCAGUGAGGAUGUGGCUGAGAUGCACAACAUCCUCAAGAAGUACCACCAGUUCAUAGUGGAGUGUCAUGGCAACACGCUGCUGCCUCAGUUCCUGGGGAUGUACCGCCUCACAGUGGACGGAGACGAGACCUACAUGAUCGUCACCAGGAAUGUCUUCUCCCACCGCCUCUCUGUCUACAAAAAAUAUGACCUCAAGGGCUCCACUGUGGCCAGGGAGGCCAGUGACAAGGAGAAGGCCAAGGAGCUGCCCACCUACAAGGACAAUGACUUCAUCAACGAUGGACAGAAGAUCUACAUUGACGAUGACAACAAGAAGAUGUUCCUGGAGAAACUACGUAAAGACGUGGAGUUCCUGGCCCAGUUGAAGCUGAUGGACUACAGUCUGCUGGUGGGGAUCCAUGACGUGGAGCGGGCUGAGCAGGAGGAAGUGGAGAGUGAGGAUAACGAGGGGGAUGAUGAGGGGGAGAGUGACGGAGGGAUUGGCACUCCCCCUGACUCCCCCAGUAACACCCUGGACAGCACCAAGCCCCUGUCCCCGGGGGAGUUUGACCCCACCAUAGACGUCUAUGCCAUCAAGAGCAACGACAGUGCUCCUAGGAAGGAGGUGUACUUCAUGGCGGUCAUUGACAUUCUGCAGCAUUACGAUGCCAAGAAGAAGGCUGCUCAUGCUGCUAAGACUGUCAAACACGGGGCGGGAGCUGAAAUCUCCACGGUAAACCCAGAGCAGUACUCCAAGAGGUUCUACGACUUCAUCACCACCAUUCUCUCAUAGCCCCCAGGGGAAGGGGAGGGGGCACUUAGGGAGAGGAGAGAUGGAGAGAAGGGAUGGGUGAGGGUGGGGGUAUUGCGUUCUAUCUCUCUGUCAGCAAGGGUGUCCCUCUCAGCAGCUAAUACCAUCAUUCGUUUACAUUCAUCAUCUUCUCCUUUGUUACUUUGAUCUGUUACAUUGAACAGGAGAACUGCUAUUCUAGGUUCUAGUCAGUACUUUUUUAUUAGUUUGUUUUGUUUACUUUGGGAAUGUUUUUUUUUUUUUUACUGCCUCAACACCACGUCCUCACCCUGCAUUGUUUUUGUUUGUUUGUUCUGCAUUCCUGUUUGGGGGGGGUUUAGAAUGAGGAUGAACAGGGCUGUGAUUGGAUAACAAUAGUGCGGUCACUCGGGGGAGAUAGUAUAGGAUGAAGUGCACCUUGAGGCUUAUCUAAUCGCUCGACUUCAGGAAGUAUGAAGUAGUCUUCCAGUAGGCCUUCAGCCAGACCAUCCAAUCACCAUUUAGUACAGCCCUGCCCCAGCCAAAGCUACUUUCCUGUUUGUCCCAUCAUCCAUCACUUUCCCUUUAGACCCUCCUCCUGGCAGUGGAUGUUACUCCUCCAUUCUCACCUUACACUGCUAUCCUCCUGUCACACACACUGCUCUCCUCUACCCCUCCCUCGAUAUAAAAGAUAAGUUAACAUGAGUUGUGUUUAGUAAGACAGGGAGCUGGUCAGUAGAGCUGGGUUUAGUAAGACGGGGAGCUGGUCAGUAGAGCUGGGUUUAGUAAGACGGGGAGCUGGUCAGUAGAGCUGGGUUUAGUAAGACGGGGAGCUGGUCAGUAGAGCUGGGUUUAGUAAGACGGGGAGCUGGUCAGUAAAGCUGUGUGUGAUUUAUGACAUCACUGACUGAUCUGGUUUGUCUCAUUCUGGAUAGUUACCAGGAAGUGACAUUAGGAAGUUGGUGUGUGACUUCCUGUGGGACAGGGCAGGGUGGUGGUGUGAUCCUUCAUGGACCUUUGAUCCUGCAUUGCCAUCAGCACCUUAAACAAAUCAUUGCACUUUUAUGUUGUUAAUUAAACAUAGGAUUUUUUGUUCUGUUACAUGUGCUGCAACAAAAGCACUGUUUGAAGCUAUUGAACUGUGCCCCAAGAUUUCUGAUGGGGGUGUAGUAGGGACGAGGGAAAGUGUCUACGCUGGAAUGCACUAGGGAGUAGGAGGGACUAUAGGUGGGUUUGGGACAGGGCCUGAAUGUAGUGAGCAGCAGAGAGAGAGGAGGGGUGUGUUCAGGACAGACAGCCCAGUGUUUACCUCUGGCAUCGUACCAGCCUGAACCAGAGUCUUACCCACAUCUGUCUGUCUCGGGUCUCCAACCCCGGCCCUGAAGAGGUACUGGGUAUGCAGGCUUUUACUCCAGCCCAGCACUAGCACACCUGAUUCAGCUAAUUGUGGUCCAGACUGAAGACCUUGAUUAGUUGGUUAUUUGAAUCUGUACGUGUAGUUAUUAUGGAUCCCCAUUAGCUGCUGCCAAGGCACCAGCUACUCUUCCUGGGGUCCGGCAAAAUU